AUGUACAAAAAUAAAGUUUUGUUCGUAUUUUUAUUUAGUUUUUUUUAUUUUUUUGUGUUAUUUUAUGUUAAUGGAAAAGGUGAAAACAAAAAUAUUUUAAGUUCUAUGAAAAAUGAAAAUAACAAGAAUACAAAUCUUGAUCAUAUAUCUAAUUUAAUAGAUAUGGAUAAGAUAAAACAGCUAAUAGCUGAAAAUAAGAUAGAAGAGGCAAAUAACUUACUUAAAGAAAUGCAACAAGCAUUGAAAAAAGAAGAAACAGAUGAACAUAAAGAUAAUAAUGAAAUUGAUAAAUAUGAAGAAGUAAAUAAUAAAAUGUUUGAUAACUUAAUCAGUGCAAGUGAUCUUCAUGAAAUGAUGAAAUUUUAUAUGUAUUUACAAAACUUAUUAAAUUCAAAAAGUGAAUCAUCAGAAAAAAAAAUGGUUAAAACUUUUUUAAGAAAAACUAUUCAAAAAAUGAAAGAUAAUGAAAAUAAUAAAGAAAAAAAAUCUAUAGAUGAUAUAAUAAAAGAUACAGAAGGACAUAAAGAAAUGUUAGAGAAAUUAGCUGAUGUAAUGAAGAUAGACAGAGAAAAGCUAAAAGAUGAAGAAGUUAAAAAUAAAUUAAAUCAAAUUUUAAUUGGGAUGCUUAAAUUUAUUGAAUACACAAAUAAUAAUGAGUUAGUUAAUGCAUUAAUGGAUGAAAUUGAAAUAAAAGAAGUAAAAGCAGAAGAUGGUGCAUCAAAACCCAAAAUACAGGUUAAUAUUAAUAAUAGUAAGACACAUUUAGAAAUGUUACAAAAAGCUUCAAAUUUCAUGGGAUUAGAAAUUAAUCAAGAAGAUUUACAAAAAUUAACUUCUAAUAAUAAAUGGUAUGAAAAUUUCCUAAAUAACAUUUUGAAUAGCUCAGAUGAACUCUAA